GUACAAUCAGAAUCAGGAUCAGUCAGACAAUCAGAAAACGUGUAGUGUGGUGUAACUAGUGUGAGUCUAUCACGAUCUGGUAUAGACAGUUGGUUGUGGAGUGCGUGCAUUUGAUGGGUUACCUUUUAUGGCGAUUCAAGUAAAAGAAAACAUUGGUCAACCUUGUGAUGUUCUAAUAACAAAUUGAAAGAGAUAUUUCUGAUGGAAAAAAUGUUUGGCAGCUUCAGAUGGAUAAUAGCAAUAGCAAUUGUUAUAUCAUUAGUAAAGGCAAAUUACUCACCUCCAGAGAGAUUGACUGGAAUGAAUCCUUGUAUAAGCAAACAAACAUGUCAUGAAUGUAUACAAACACCACAUUGUGCCUGGUGUGCAGCACCAAAAUUUUCAGAAAAGCGGUGUUUUCUACCAAAUAUUAAUACUAAAAUAUUUGCAACAUGUCCUGGCGAAUAUACAUGGAAUCCAGACAAUGUUUUUAGUAUGAUAAGACAUAGAAAUUUAACAAAAGGUGGUUAUGCAUAUGGUGGUGCCAACAGUUAUGAAUAUUCAUAUAUGAAUUCUAGCACACAUGGCUCUAGUUCACAGUCCACUAGUAGUGGUAGUAGCAGCAGCAGCAGUAGCAGUGGUAGCAGAAGACAAGAAGCUGUACAAAUUUGGCCACAAGAAGUUAAUUUGAAACUUCGAAUAAAUGAGGCACAUAGAAUGACUUUUGCUUAUUCACAAGCUGAAGAUUAUCCUGUUGAUUUGUACUAUCUUAUGGAUUUGAGUAAAUCUAUGGAAGAUGACAAGAAAAAAUUAUCAGAUUUAGGUCAACUCUUAGUAGAAAGUAUGAGUAAAAUUACAAGUAACUUUCGAUUAGGUUUUGGCAGUUUUGUUGAUAAAGUUGUAAUGCCUUAUGUUAGUACAAUGCCUAAGUCAUUAAUAGAACCAUGUGAUGGAUGUGCAGCACCAUAUGGCUACAAAAAUAUUAUGACAUUGUCUCAAGAUACAAGUCAUUUUGCAAGUUUAGUGCGAAAUGCUUCAGUAUCUGGAAACUUAGAUGCGCCAGAAGGAGGAUUUGAUGCAAUAAUGCAAGCUAUAGUUUGUAGGCAGCAGAUUGGCUGGCGUGAAAAGGCUCGUAGACUUUUAGUAUUUUCUACAGAUGCUGGUUUUCAUUAUGCAGGCGAUGGUAAAUUGGGUGGAAUUGUCAAACCAAAUGAUGGUGAAUGUCACUUAGAUAGUACAGGACUUUACACGCAUUCAUCAUUACAAGACUAUCCAAGUAUUUCUCAAAUUAAUUUAAAAGUUAAGCAAAAUGCUAUUAAUGUUAUAUGGGCUGUUACGGAAGAACAAAUAAAUGUAUAUAAAAGACUGACUAAACAUGUAGAAGGAUCUUUUGCUGGUAAAUUAUCAGAUGACUCGAGUAAUGUUGUAGAAUUAAUUCGUGAACAGUAUGAUGCAAUUUCAAGUUCAGUUGAAAUGAAAGAUACAGCUAGCAGUGCUGUGAAGGUAAAAUACUUUUCAAAGUGUUUGGGUACGGGUCCGCUUAUUGAAACUUCAAAAUGUGACGGAUUAAAAGUUGGAACAAAAGUGGAAUUUACUGCAGAAAUCGAAGUCACGAGUUGCCCAGAAAAUAGGUCUGAAUGGAAACAAAAAUUCGAUAUUUAUCCAGUUGGAAUUAAUGAAACGCUUACUGUAAAUUUGGAAAUGUUAUGUGACUGUGAAUGUGAACGCGAAGGUGCUAUGUAUGAACCGAAAUCACCAGAAUGUAAUGGUGUAGGAACUUUAAAAUGUGGCAUUUGUGAAUGUUAUGAUGGAUUUUUUGGAAAACGCUGUGAAUGCAGUCCUCAUCAAGAAAUGACAGGAUUAGAUAAACAUUUCCAAUCUUGUAGACCUGAUAAUACUUCUCUUGUAGAUUGUUCAGGGAGAGGAACUUGUGCUUGUGGUCAAUGUGAAUGUGAAGAAAGAGAAAAUCCUGAAGAAAUAAUAUCAGGUCAUUUUUGUGAAUGUGACAAUUUCUCAUGUGAUCGAGAUCAAGGUCAUUUGUGCUCAAAUCAUGGAACAUGCGAGUGUGGCCAAUGUGUCUGUAAUGCAGGAUGGACUGGUCCAUCUUGCAAUUGUAGAUCUUCAAAUGAGACUUGUAUUGCACCAGGAACUACCAAUGGAGUGUUAUGUUCAGGACAUGGAGAUUGUGUUUGUGGUGAAUGUAUUUGUCAUGAAGAAGGAAAUACUAGAUAUUCUGGUAAACACUGUAAUAAGUGUCCAACCUGUCCAAGCCGUUGUGAAGAAUUAAAAAAUUGUGUAUUAUGUCAAAUGUAUGGUACUGGUAAUUUCACUGAUAAAGAGGAAUGUGCAAAAAAUUGCAAAGAAUUCGUCCCUGAACCAGUUGAUACAGUUAUACCAGAUGUGGAUAAGGAUGAAGUUCCAUGCUUCGGUAUAGAUGAAGACGACUGCAAAUAUAAUUUUGUUUAUUAUUACAAUGAAACGAAUUGUCUAAAAGUCAGAGCUCAGAAGGAAAGGGAAUGUCCACCCCAAGUUUACAUGCUCGGUAUAGUAUUAGGUGUAAUUGCAGCUAUUGUUUUAAUCGGUCUUGCAUUAUUACUUUUGUGGAAACUAUUAACAACUAUACACGACAGAAGAGAAUUUGCAAGAUUUGAAAAGGAAAGAAUGAUGGCUAAAUGGGACACGGGUGAAAAUCCAAUUUAUAAACAAGCAACUUCAACAUUUAAAAAUCCAACAUAUGCUGGAAAAUGAAAAUCAUGAAAAUAAUCUCUAUUUAAUGGAAGAAAUUAUUUCAUUGCAGAAAAUUGUGUUUUUAUACAUAAAUAUAAAUUUUUGAUUGAUUAAUAUUUAAAUGAUAAACAAAUUUUAUUAUGCAGCGAAUGAAGCUUUAGCACUAAUUAAAAUAAUUAUUAACAUUAUAAUUGAUAAGUAUUUAAUGGAAUUUAAUGUAAUAUGAAGUUAUCAAAUUAUUCAUUAAGUAUGAUAUUAUAAUACUGCCAUAUAACGUAGACUGCUAUGUAUGAAUGCGUGCGUAUGUAUGUAAGUGUAAAUUAUGUACACAAUGUAUACAAUGAAAAAUUAUAACGUAGAAAUCGGUAUCUGCAUGAAAAUACGAAACAGUUAAAAGAUUUAAAAUGUUAAUCUUAUUGUAACACUUAUAUAGAAGUGCCUUUUUGUCUUUUAUGACAAAAAUAUAUUUAUAUAAUUUCCAAUUGUCGACUUUAAUAUAAAAUUUAUGAGAUGUAAUUCUUUCAGAAGACUUCAUUCACUCUUACCAAAUUAAAGUAGAGUGUGAUGAAUUUUUCUUUUAAAUAUAUUUAUUGACAUUUUUCAUACACCCACAAUAUUUCAAAUAGAAAAUAUAAAUAAGGUACAUUUUAAUAUGUGAUAUUGUAAGAUCUAAAAUGUUUUUAUUGACAAAAUGUUCACUUGUUUUUCACCUAAGUCUUCCUGAGUCUCAUAUAUGUUUUAUUUUUUAUAAAAA